AUGGCGCUCAGGGAAGAGAACUUUGUCGUCUUACACUCUGGAUCAUGGAACACCAAAGCGGGCAUCAAUGUUGUUGACACAAACAAGCCGCCAAUCGUUACGAUUCAUUCACUUGUUGGAGCAAGGACUAUCGCAGCGGAGACCUCUGAGCUAGUGACAGCUGACGCUGACACUAAGAAGGCAGAGGAAGCGACUCCAUCCGAGAACAUCAAUGCUGAUGCAGAGAUAAAAGCCGAAAAGUCAGCUCAAGGAAAUGAUCUAGAAGCUCAGGAAAAUACAAAAGCACGUGAGAGCCCCAAAACGCAAACAAUAUAUUACUGUGGAAGCGCCUUGGCUGAGGCAGAGCAACAGUAUUCUAAAGCUGAUCUGGUCGUCUCAACACCCAUUCAGGGUGGUAUUAUUAAGGACUGGGGCGCUAUGGAAGCACUCUGGCGCCAUGUGUUAUUCCGAGAGCUUGGAAUCAAGCGCUCUAGAAACGCCUCUCCUGUGCUUAUGGUUGUUCCGACAGAUUGGACCAAGGAAGAGCAUGAGCGUAUUACUCAAAUCUUUUUUGAGAAUUUCAAUGUGCCAGGUCUUUACCUUGCAGAGGAACCAUUAAUGAUCCUUUAUGGCUGUGCUGCCGUCACAGGCCUUGUCAUUGACAUUGGCCAUAACAGCACAGAAAUUACUCCAAUUCUCGACACCUUGAUCCAACGCAGUGCAAUACAGACGAUUCCGUUAGCUGGAUCAGAUUUUGACACAUACUUCCUAGAACUUUUGAAGGCUGAUACACAGUUGGUACGCGAGUAUGGAGAACCUUUGGAUAUCGAGUUUGCUCGGCAUUUAAAAGAAUCAGAUAUUUGUCGAGUUCUAGGCAAAGAUGAGAAAGAAAGCAAGACUAGAGCACAAGCGGAAUAUAAGGGUAGACAGUUUACUGUAGGAUCUGCACGUUUUCAUGCUUAUGAUCCCUUGUUUAAUCCUGAUUUAGUGGGAAAACGAGUGUUGAACAUUAUCGAGGCAAUCCAUGCUGCGCAAUUUGCAUGCAAAGCUGAGAAACGCCAGUCAUUAUGGGAGGCAAUCAUCGUGACAGGUGGUUCAUGUCAGUUGCCUACUGCUAAUCUUGGUAAAAUUUGCGUUCUAGGCUUACAAUCUCGAAUUCAGAGUGAGAUUGAAGAAUCACUGUCUAUAUCCGAGAAUUUUGGCGAAUAUCAAGUUCGAGAGAUCAAAUUCCUGAAGAUCCCAGACUACUUUCCUGCCCUCAAAGACUCUAUUGUUCAUGCUGGAUUUCUUGGAUCGGAAAUUGUCGCCAAGUUAAUAUUCCCGGAUCCCCGUAACUACAUUAAUAAGGUUGACUAUAAUGAAAGUGGACCUAGUGUAGUACACACAAAGACAUUUUAA